AUGGAGGAAAAAGAGGAGAAAAUUAAACAAAAUGUUCAAAUUUUCCGAUUUGAAGAAGACCCGGUAACUAACUACCGCCGCAAGCGAACAAAAUCAUUGGAAAAAUCCCCUAUCCUUGGUGAGUGAAUAAAAAAAUUUUUUAAUAUAUAUAUAUAAAUGAUUAUUAGUAUAAUGAAAUCUUUAGUUAAUUUUAAACAAAUAUGAAUUUUACAAUAAAAAUUAAUUGCUUUUCAAUUUUUGCGAAUUGGGGAUUUUUAUAUAAUUUUUUUAAAAAAAAAAUUAAACGUAGAGUAAGUUGAUUUUGGAGACUUUGAAAGUAAAACCUGUGAAUUCUGAGUAUUAUGCAGUUUUAAAAAGAGUAAAACCAGGCGAAAAAUUCAGCAAGAAAAAUAAAAUUAUGACACAAGAAGAUUUGGAAACUGCUGGAGAAAGAUCGAAGAAUUAUUUAAGCGAAGUAGGAUUUUUAUAUGGAAGACUGCAUACGAGAGAUGGAAGUAAAGAGCCACUAAAAGAAAAAACACGAAUCAGAGCACCUGGACCUGUAAUUGAUAAUUCAUUAACUGAAAUUCCAUUAGUUACAUUUAAAGACAGAUAUGUGCCUAAGCCACCAGAUGGCUUCCAAAAAGUAAAUACAUCACGUGCCAAAACCACUCACCAAACCCACAGGACCCUCACAACUCGUCCACAGACCAAAGAGUCUCACAGCCAAAUCCAAGCAAAAGAAUACCUGCAGUAUUUAACUGCUGUAAACCCAGGCGAAAAAGAUUACAUUAAAUCUGUAAUUUCCAGCCAAAUGAAAUCAUAUAAGCAAGAGCUCUUUGGACAAAUUUCUAACGAAAUCCAAAGACUCGACAGCCGAGGAAUUUUAUCAAGAGAAAUGAACCAAGCCAGAGUGCUCACCAUGAUCAAUGUAAAGCUUAGAAAUAAAAUGAAAACAAGCCUAAAGCCAAUUGUAAGAAAAGCCAAAACCAAUUUGGCAACUGAAAAAGUCAGAGAUUGAAAUAACUCACCUAAUAAAGAAGAUAAUGAUGAAGAUGAAGAACAAGACGAAAUGAGAAAGGCGAAGUCUUUACAAAAGAUUGAAUCAGUAGUCGCAAAAAGAAUUGUGAGGAAUAACCGAAGGGAAGCAAUUUUAAGAGAAAAAGAAGAAGAUAAAGAAAACCCGUUUUGGAUUGAAGAUUUAAACAAAAGUGUAGCAACUGCUAUGGAUAAGUGCAGGCCGGAUGCAAGAAUUACCGAUCUGCCUGUUUUUAAACUUAGUAAGUCGUUUUUAUAA